AGUAGUAAUUUUGGCUCGAGCUUGCAUGUCUCUAGUCUUUAUUCUGGAAGUGUCGCGUGUUGCCGAUUUCUGAGCAACUGGUACUUGUCAGGAGUUGUCUUCAUCGCCAUCUGACGUCAUGGGUCUUGUUUGUUCCUGCUUUGAUGGUCUGAUUGGUGAUUCGUCGUCUACCGAAGGAAAGUCGCGCUUUGUCAACGGCAUGUUGGCAUCGCCGCAUCCGCCCCCAGGCCAACCUGGAUUUGAUGCAGCGAAGUUAAAGGCUUACAUUGGCGCGACUGCGGACUUGUACGCAGCAGCACAAGCCGGGGAUGCAGAUGCUUGCAAAAUUGCUCUUGCCGCAGGUGCCGAACCUGGUAAGCCCAACCACUGGAAGGGGAACACAACUCCGCUUCAUGCAGCCGCUGCUGCAGGUUCCUCGAUCGUUUGCAACCUGUUGCUGGACGCAGGCGGAAAGGGCACAUGGGUGGAAGCUGUGACUGGCGAUUGGGACGGUCAUUCAGGAGAGACCGCAUUGGUCGUGGCAGAGCGGUAUCAGCGGCAGGAUGUGGCAGAUUUGUUUCGAAGCCGCGGCUUGGCACGAUGACAAGCCCGCAGUCUGCAUCGAGCAGCGCUCCUAUUAUUCAGCGAAUCGCAUGCGGUCAGGAAAACAUGUACUGGUUGACGCCGCUGCCGCCGACCAAUGUUGACGCCGUUUAGAGGGUAAGUGGAGAGGGCGGCGUGAGUUGGCAGCCGUGGGCUGUUUGGCUACAGCUUAGGGCUGUCUCGGGCAUAUACAUGCUAGAUCAUGCGUCAAAGUGUUGUGCUCGUCGGACCAAAUUCGGCCGAUUUGGCUGGUUUGAUGAGUGUUGGUGCCAGAGAUAACCCCGAGCAUAAGUAGGCUCUCGCUGUGUCCCCCCUAAAAUCAGAGCAUCGGGCCGUCUACCGUUUGCAGGUGUCCAUGCCGAGCUUCUGGGACAAACCUACGGCCGCCUGGGUCGUGGCAUCGGCCCCAAGCGGUGACCCACGCACGUGGUGAUUGCCGGGGCCGGCCUGGGCGGCAGAAGGUGAUUUUGGCCGCUUCUUCGACCGCUGGGCUGGUGCUCGGGCUCGUAAGGAGGAUGAGGCGGCCAGGGGCCCUGGUCAUCAGUUUUUUUUUCCUGGAGCCUCCUUUUCCGAUCCCUUGGUCGCUUUGAAAUGAAGACCAUGUCAGGGAGGCUCAUGAGGGAUGAAUCGCUCCAGAGCGUCCCCGAACGCUCUCACAGCUUUCCGGAGCCCUCUGGAAUGGCUGCGGCGCCUAACAAAUCCUUUGAAGCCGCCAGCUGUCAGAGAACCCCCAUUUCUCCUCAUCCGAAUUUGGCCUCAUCCUUCCUUCGCCUUACCAUGGGCACGGCGCAG